UGCGAGAGGCGCACGUAUAAAAGCCGCUGUAGGAGUACUAACGGGUUGCAAUAAUAGCUAUAGUGUCGACUGUCCAUAAGGAAUAAUCAUUCAUAAAUCAUAUUAUAUAUAAUAAUUAUUAUCGUUAUCAUUAUUUCACACGCGAUGACGACGAUUACAUCGAUAGCUGCGUUGUUCGGUUGUAUUUUGCUACAUUUAUUUAUUUUCACAUCAACCGCCGCAAGAAUGCCAGAUUCAGAUUUGCCAUUCGAAUUUAGCGAUAAAGGAUCCGUAAUUACCGAGGAUAACGUACUCACACAAUCAGUGUCAAAUGAUGGGAAAACUGUAUUCAAAACAAAUGAUCCACAACCAAUAAAGAAAUAUCAAAGAGUCAAAAAUACUAAAAAGUCGCCUACGAAUCAAAAUCAAAAACAACAUGAAAAUUAUAAAAUAGCAAACAGUGCAAUAGAGUAUCCUGCCAUUCCUGCCAGACAUACGAGUACACAGUAUUAUAGCACUUCCCCAAUGAUGGACAAUCGAUGGAAUUUUUUGGAAAAUUUUAAUAAAUAUUUUCCUACAGGAUUUACCAAUAUGAGAAUUGAAUACAUUUAAAAACAUAUAGAGGUGCAUAUAAACUGUAUGGAAAUGUUCAUCAGAAAUUCACAGACAAUCAAAUCACAAUUUACUAAUAAAAUAAUUACAAUUAUAUUAUAAAUUAAUGAUAUCUAUACUUAUAUAGAAAAUAUACAGUAACUAUUUCAAUUUUA